GCAUCGCCCGCAUCAGGAGCAUCACAAAAUGCAAGAGCAGCCGGAACAGUUACAACUCCAUUCAGACUAGACUAGACCUUGCCGGUACUUGAUGAAACUGUAGCUGACGGAACCUGAAUCGAUAAUACGCGUGGAACGCGUUGCGAAGAAGCUCUCUGAAGAGCCACAACGAAUGACGACGAAACAUUUCAAUUACUCCCGAAUGAGAUCUUGCUUCGAUCUCAGUUAGUCUACGCAAAAUUUUUGACAGUUUUGUUGCUAGUUUAUAGUGUUAAGUUUGAUUAUCGUUAGUUGACUAGUAGUUAAAGUUGAUCCAAAUGAAAAUGUUACACAAUCUAGGAUUUCUGCUUUCGACGCUUCUGCUAAUCGUGCGUUCCGCGGUGGCACAGUGUCCCUGGCAACGAGAGGUGCCCGAUCUGCAAACAUCCUGUCUUUGUGCCUACAACCUCGGACAGGAGCUGUCUGUGCAAUGUGAUCAAGUUGAAUUUCCGAUAUUAGUGGAAGCCUUAGAUAAGUAUGCUCGAUCGACUCCUCUUGAUCUGUUGUACAUCAAUAAUUCCACCAUCGAAAAGCUGGAGGCAAAUGUUUUCGAAAACCUUAAGUUGUUCAAUGUUCAGCUAAGCAGUUGCGACAUGCGUAAGAUCGACGAUAUGGCCUUCAAAGGCCAGGAGAAUAUCCUGAAGAACUUGAACCUGCAGGAUAACCUGCUGGAUGAGGUUCCGAUAAGAGCGUUGAAAAUUUUGAACAUUUUAAACCUGCUGGAUUUGUCCAAAAAUCGGAUUCACACCAUUCCAAACGAUGCCUUCAACGGCCUAGCCAAAUUGUCUACGCUUAAGCUAAGUGACAACAAUGUCACGCUGGCACCUUUUGCCUUCAGAGGUUUGGAAAGUAGUUUGAAAAAUCUCAACCUAAAAGGUACGAAACAGAAAAGAGUCCCGGAAGCAGUUCGCGGUCUUAAAAUGCUGGCUUUUCUGGAUCUCUCUCAAAAUGGCAUCCGCGAACUGCCGGGAUCGGCUGGGAUGCGUACCUUCGAAGGUUUGGAUUCCCUCACAGCUCUGAACCUGGAACGAAACCUUAUCCAGAAUCUUGGAGAGACUGCCUUUUCCGGUGUUCGUAAGACGCUGAGCUCGUUGAGCUUGCUGAACAAUUUGCUGGCGGAGUUUCCUGUCGGUGCUAUCCACUCGCUGCGUGAGCUGCGAGUCUUGGACAUUGGUUUCAACCUGCUAACUGCCUUGCCGGAGACUGCAUUCCGCGGUAAUCCGGCCGUCACUUUGCUAGCCCUUGAUGGCAACCCGCUUCCAACAGUGCCUGAGAAAGCUCUGCUACAUCUUAAUAGAACUUUGCGGGGACUAUCGCUCGGAGGUAGAUUCCUGCACUGUGACUGUAAGCUACGUUGGGUAGCCGAGUGGAUUCGUAAUGGCGAUUUACAAGUAACAUCCCGUGAACGCAACCCACAAUUCUGCGGGUCUCCGAAUCGCUUUCGCGAUCGAGGCUUCUACUCUAUCCAACCUGAAGAACUUACCUGCCCAGACGCUGAAGUCAGUCUCGACGGGCCAGUGGGGAUCGUUGACUCCCUGGUGCCAAAAACAACAACCACCCCUCGAGUGACCACGAUUCUCACAACUCUGCCACCAACAACUUCGAUUGGCACAACGAAUACAACGGUCAAUAGCUCGAUUGCAGUUUCCACGACGUCACCCACAACCACAUCCGUAUCCUCAUCGUCUCCAUCGCAGGAGACUUCAGCGACAAACUCCACCACCGACAGCACGACGGCCCUGACAACAACAACGCAUUCAACAACUAAGCAGAGCACAGCAGCUACCACAAAAGCUAGUGUUACGAAGAACUGGCGCAACAACAACAACUCACCACCACACAAACAAAGACCUCCUUUGGUGCUGGGAUUCCCACCGCAACGGGGUACUCAAAUCGAUGAUUCCAAAGAGGUUCAAGUUAAAAAUGCUUUUAGCUCCCGACAGGACAGCUCGGUCAUCAUCCAGUGGGACUCGGACACCGCUAACAUUCUAGGCUUCCGUGUUGUUUAUCGCCUGUUCGGCGAUAAGAGUUUCAAACAAGGACCACCCCUAGAAGCCAGCGAGCGGGAGUUCAAAAUCAAAAACGUUCCAUCGGCCGAGUGCUUCAUCGUAUGCGUUGUGUCCCUGGAGGAGAUCAGCGUUACGCCGGAAAAUGUGCCUUACAGCCAGUGUCGUGAAGUGCGAACAGUGGCUUCCCCGGCAUCAAACAUGGACAAGAUCACGAUCGCAGCCAGUGCUGCCAUCUGCGGUACAAUCGCGAUUGCCGUGAUCGUCUUCAUCGCAGCUACCAGGAUUCUUUUCAGACGGCAAAGGAAACGGCUGCAGUCGCUGUCACAGCAGAAAAGUGCCCUGCCCAUCGCCGGCCUUCCGGUGAACUGUUGCGGUCCAACACCCAGCCCGAACGGACCGCUCGGAUCGUUGGCCACCCUGUCCGCCUUCAACUCGCACAAGGAUUGGGAUCAAGUAUCUGCGUACAGUGGCCGUUCGAUUCCGCGGCCGCGGAUCUAUCCGAUGGAGAACCAAGCGAUUCCGGACGAUCUGCGCAGUCACGUUUCGCACUUUUCCGCCGUCGGCGGCAAAGUUGGCAAAGCUCGGUCCAUUGCCGACGGACAGUCGCACCACAGUUUCUCUAACCACUCGCAACGGGGUUAUCUCGGAUCGGCGUUCCCUAGCAAUCUAGUGAACUCUCGACCAGAAAUUCUUACAGAACUUAGACAAUCCCGCCAGUCGCUGGCGGCCGCUUCGGAGCGAAUGUCGAGAGCAUCGUACGCCGGAUCCAUUGUCGGCCCGGCACACAGUAUAGCGUCCAGCACGCGGCGCACCAGGCCGAGAUCGCGCUCCCGCGAGCAGCUCAACGGAACGCACGUCCACUCGCACCAGCAUCGCCCUGGCAGUCGGUAAGUUUGAACGGAAAUUAUAUUGC